AUGGAGAUUGGAGAUGGGGCGAGAGAAUGGUUGCUGACGAGAGUAGAGAUCCUGGCUAUCCGAAAGGGGAUGUGGGCGGCCGUGGCCUCGCGUCUGCAUACGCCUAUGAGGGUGUAUCCUUUUGAGAGCAGGGACGGGGUUGAGGAGCUGAUGCUUUUUGGGAGUGUGAAGUAUGUGAUGAAGGAUGGGAGGGGGACGGAGGUUGAGUGGGCUGCGCGGGCGAACAUAGUAAAGGAGGAUGGGAAGUGGAAGAUGGGCUUUUACCAGGUGUAUUUGGACUCUGUUGCUAUGCAGAGUGCAAAGUGA